CCUCACGGCCGGGGCCGGGCGCGCUCCGCUUUACGGCUGCUGAAAACUCCCUGGGCGGGCCGGGCCGGGCCGUGCGAGCCGGGCACCGCGCGGGGCAGCGCAGAUCUCUUGUCUGGACUUUGGAAAUAACUUUGGUUCUUGGAUUCCUUCUGUUGACCCGUGAGAAUUAGUGUAGAGGCCAGAUUGAAAAUAUGCCUUCGUGACAAAGUCUCUACUAAGCUGAUCCCAUCUUGGCUUUAAGAUAAAAAGAUGGCCUACCACAAAGUGAACGCAGACCAGAGAGCACAGGGGCACUCUCCAUACCUCGACAGCGAUGAGCUCCAAGCCACAGCAUUGGACCUGGAGUGGGACAUGGAAAAGGAGCUGGAGGAGCCUGGAUUUGACCAUUUCCGACUGGACAGCUCAGCCCAGCACCACCUGGGGAACUCUCAGAGCCCUGACCUCGACCUGGAGCCCAUCCAGCCCUCCUCUUCCCCAAAGGGAAGAUUCCAGAGGCUCCAGGAAGACCCUGACUACAUCUCCCACUACACCAGACAGGCACCAAAGAGCAACCGCUGCAGCUUUUUCAGGAUACUGAAAGUAUUUUGCACUGCUUUGAUUUUAUUUAUUUUUGGAAUUGUCAUAGGAUAUUAUGCACGCAAGAAAUGCCCUUCUCCCCCAUCAUCUCAAGAACCAAAUAAUCCUCAAAUCUACCACAAAAUUCUCAAGGAAAUCAAAGCUGAAAAUAUUAAACAGAUUUACAGAGAUUUGUUAGAGUUCCCCAGAGAAGAUGAUGCAGAGCUUGCAAUGCAAAUCCUGGGUCAGUGGCGUUCCCAAGGCCUGGAAGAUGUCCGGCUGGUGAAUUACUCCGUUCUGCUUGACCUGCCAGGCCCUUCUUCAAACACAGUAACUCUGCAAGACAGCGGGGAAUGCUUUUAUCCAAGUGGACAACGCUGCAGCAGAGACCCCAAAACACUUGGCAGCCAAGACCUCCUGUACUCAUAUGCAGCUUAUUCUGCCAAAGGAACUCUUGAGGCAGAGCUUGUUGAUGUCCAGUAUGGGACCAUGGAUGACCUGAUCCGGAUCCAAGCUGUCACAAACGUGACCAAAAAAAUUGCACUUUUGAAGCUUGGACAAUCACCUUUGCUUUAUAAGCUUUCUCUGCUGGAAGAUGCAGGGUUUGGUGGUGCUCUGGUUUACACUGAUCCUUGUGACCUGCCAAAGACUGCAGACCUUGCUGAUAAAGCUUUUAUGGUCUCCUUGAACAGCGGGGGAGAUCCAUCCACGCCUGGUUAUGCCAGUAUUGAUGGAAGCUACAGGCAGAAUCGACUGAACCUCACAACGCUGUUGGUACAACCAAUUUCUGCACUGCUUGCCAGAAAACUUGUUUCCCUCCCUGAGGACACUGCCCAAAAAGAGAGGUGUACACCCCUCCAGCUGCCAGCUGCAGGCAAAAAAACAAUCAGCCUGAACAUUCAGUCUGUCACAACUUACAGGACAAUUUCUAAUGUCAUUGGAUAUCUAAAAGGAGCUGUGUUUCCUGACAGAUACGUCAUCAUUGGCAGCCACCACAGCAGUUUGAAGGGUUAUGGUGGGCAAGGCUGGGCCAGCAGCACUGCUGUGAUCACAGCCCUGCUCCAAGCCCUGGUGCCAGAGCUGAGGAGGGGCUGGAGGCCUGACAGGACCCUGCUCUUCUGCUCGUGGGGAGGAACAGCCCUGGGGAACGUCGGCUCCUACGAGUGGGCUGAGGAUCUCAGGAGUGUUCUUCAGAGAAAUGCUGUGGCUUACAUCAGCCUCCAUAAUCCAGUCACAGGCAACUCAACUUUGCGGCCCGUGGCAUCCCCUUCUCUUCAGCAGCUGGCAGCAGAGAGCCAGAGAUUCAACUGUGUGGAAAAGGCUAGAUGUGCAGGAUCCAAUGUGAGCUCUGUGCAGAUACAGGGAGAUUCAGAUUAUUUCAUCAACCACCUCGGAGUACCUGCCACACAGUUUUCCUAUGAGGACAUCAAAGCAUCAGAGAAUUCCAGCUUUCUCUCUGAAGCUCUUUUUCCUGUACAUGCAACAAAAACUGAAGAGCUGGAUCCUUCCUUCAGCCUGCAUGAGACCAUUGCAAAGCUAACAGGACAAGUGACUUUGCAAAUUGCCUCUGAUCCAGUUUUGCCGUUUAAUGCCCUCGACGUCGCGUUAGAAGUUCAGAACAGUCUGAAAGGUGAUGAAGCAGGCAUCCCUCAGCUGCUGGCAGUGGCAUCACGUCUGAGGGACACGGCGGAGCUGUUCCAGUCGGACGAGAUGCGCCCGGCCAACGACCCCGAGGAGCGAGCCCCUGGCAGAGUCAGGAUGCUCAAUGAUGUGCUGCAAGGCUUGGAGAAAAGCUUCCUGCUUCAUCAAGCUCCUCCAGGACUUUACAGAAAUAUUCUUUACAGACUGGAUGACAGGACCAGCCAGUUUUCAGUACUGCUGGAGGCACUGGAGCACUGCAAACUACAUCAGUCAAAUGAGACUGUUCAAGCAGCCUUGUCAGAGGUGCUGAACAGCAUCAAUUCAGCUCAGGUUUACUUCAAAGCAGGACUUGAUGUGUUUGAGACUGCCUUAGCUGGAAAGAAAUGAGUGGAUUCUCUGCAUUCUAAGACAUUUGUUUACAACUCUCUAAACAAAAGUUCGACUUGGACCAGAAUUGCUCUGAGGAUCAAACCUUUCUCAGCCUUUCCUUCAGCUGGCACUUAAAGGUACUGCAACAUGUGGUUUAAGAAAUGUAAAACAGUAUUUUGCACUCUUCACAAUAUAUCUCAAAUGCCUGUUCCUGAAUGUAUAAAACCUAAAGAGAGGGAAUAACACUUCAGAGAUGAUUUUUGGAAGGACAUCUGCUGUAUUUUUGUAUGUAAAAUAUGUUUUUAUGACUAAGAGGUCAAUCAUGCGAAGUACCAAGCACAUCCUGUGCUGAAGCCGUGGUUCUGAGACACCCCAGAAGUGCACUGGGGGGAGAUCUCCUCUGUCAGAAAAACCUGACUCAAGUUUCUUAAUGUUUUCAGCAAGCUCAUCUUCUUCCUUACUCCAUUCAGAGUAAGUAGUUGAAGGAUGUGGUGUUUCCAUGGGUAUCCAGCACCGGAAUGGAAAUGCACAGAACACCUUUACUCCUGUGGAACAAUAAAUACCUCAGUUCUGAGAAUACAGAUAAACUUUGAUUCUUCCAUUUCUGUAUGAAAAUAAAGAGUUAUUUUCUCUGA